AUGAGUUUGAAAGAGAAUUGGCUGGAAAAUUUGAAAGCAGUAAUGAAAUAUCAGGAGUUUCACGAAAUGAAGAGAAACGCCUCACACAAAAUGAUCUACGACGCCGACGAGGAAUCUGGCUUUGACGAAAUUCCAGAGGAAGUUUUCGCCGAAGAAACAAGCCAGCCUCCCGGAUUCCUCGCGGGUCUCCAACACCGUGAUUCGAUUCAAGCCGAGAAAACUUGCCUAGAUCGCUACAACCACACCAUCAAAAGUGCCUUGUGUGACCUGUGCGAGCCGCUCAAUGUAAUCGUCAUUGGCCCGCACGAUUCCGGAAAAACGACGGUAAUCAAUUCGCUCCUGAUGAGCGUCAGGGGCAAGUGGACAGACAGAGCAAAAUACGGGCACGGAAGCGCACACCAACUAUCUCCCGUCCUCAUCUACGAAAAUCCCAACCACCAUCACCAGAAUACGACAGAACACAAACAUUACGAUCCCCACUGGAAACGGCCCCAGCAUGUUUCUUGUGGUCGUGUUACAUUUUGGGACACUCGUGGUUUCGAAAAAAUUGCAGAUAAAGAAAAAGCCGCGCUGAUAUUGAGAUAUAUUCUCGAAGGAAGACUUAAUUUCAGACUCUUCACUCAAGCUCUUUUAAUGGAACGCGAAGAAAUAAAACGAAUUCGCGAUUCAAAUCGAGACCUACAAAUUGAUCUAAUUUUAUACGUCGCUUCGGCGAAAGAAAAGCCAAAUCUUGAACUUUUCGACAUCAUCCAAAACGCCAGAAAAAACUCGAAGAUUCCUUCCGUCCGCUCAGUUCCUAUUCUCACAGCUCUCACAAAAUACGACUUAUUAAGUUCGGAAGAAAUCAGCCGAGUAGACGAAGAAAUCACGAGCUAUCAUCCCAACUCGUUGAACCAGGAGAACCUGCCGGAGGAAGCUCUUACGCCAUAUCAUGUUAUUGCUUAUAACUCGAAAGUGAACCCGAUGGAUGAUGAAUUUAUACCUCCAACGCCCGAUAAACGUCGAAACGGUGCUAUGCUAAAGCUAUUCAUGGAAAUCAUCGCCCUAGCUCGCCCCAACGGCCGUAGACGAGUCAAUUCAGCAUCAGCAAUCAUGCUGCGAUCACUGUCACGUGGCUUCGUGAAAAGAAGACAUCGAUCGCAAAGCAAUCCGCGUGAUCGCUUUGUCAAUGCAUAG